CGAAAGCGAAGAACUGACGAAGGAGAUUUGGCGGCAACCCCCUUUCCCCCCCAAAUUUCGACAUUGUAAUCGCUCAAUAGAGCUUCGACUCGAGCUGACCUAACAAGGAGCCCAAGGUCGGCCAUGGAUUAUCUUCAAUUUGGCGGAGAACUGACGGGGCCUUAUUAAAAUUGAUUCCUUAUGCAUUCUACUAUACGCUUCGACGAUAAUCGCGGGAGUGUAGCAGCCGAGCCCACUAGCUGCUCAAUCUCAAUUCGUUUGAGGUGAUCCAGGUAUUGCCCUGCAGUGCCCUUAUUACUUCACUUGAUACAGUUUACGAGUACUUACAAUUUCGAACGAGGUGCCCCUGGGGUUUUGACUUGUUGAAUAGUUAUGCUGGAGCUAAAAAGGGCUCUAUGGUGCCAUUGAUUGCUCCAAUGGCAGGUUCGCCAUUUGUUCGCAUAGUCUUAAGUGAAGUAGAGAAUUGUCAGUGAAGCACACAGCGUCUACAGUGUUGUAGUUUUGAAAAACGUGGAUGGGAAUGGAGUUGAGGUUAAAAUUAUGAUGCGUGCCUGCUUGAAGGAGGCAGAAAUGCCCAAGUUAGCUACUUCGGUUGAAUUUUGCAUACUAAAAUUAGACUAUAAGGUUCAUUCCUUCUCCUAACUAAGUGAAGGAAGGCUGAAAUGCCCUAGUCAGCUACUUUUGUUGAAUUUUGCUUACUUCUGUAAGACUGAUAAGGUUCAUUCCUCUUUCUAAACUAAGUCUUCUGAUUUUCAGGUAUCCUGAGGUCACUGUCAGCCCAAAGGGACAAAUGAAAGGAUCUGGUAUUCGUCCUCAGCACCUUUCAUCGUUGAAAUUUUCAAUUUUUAAACGUUGCUACCUGAAACCGGCUCAGAUACGUGAACCCUUCGACAAAUUUUUGGUCCAGUGCAAUUCCCAGAUCACAAAGCAUGGUAGAGAGGGCAACAUUCAACAGUCGGAAGCGAUCUUCAGGCAACUGUCCCGCAAAAGCGUGGUUUCCUAUACUGCUAUGCUCACGGCCUAUUCUCAGAAUGGCCAACUUGCGAAAGCACGAAUGGUGUUUGAAGAAAUGCCCUACAAAAGCACUGCUGCAUAUAACGCAAUGAUAACAGCCUAUGUAAGGAAUGGCUGCAAGGUGGAUGAGGCCUUCAGUUUGUUUUCUCAGAUGGGUGAAAGGAAUGAAGUGUCUUUUGGGGCCAUUAUUACGGGAUUUCUGAAGGCUGGCAUGCUUGGAAAAGCUGGGGACUUGUAUGGAGUGAUGCCAAUUGAGUGGCGUGAUCCUAUUUGUUCCAACGCAAUGAUUAAUGGAUUCCUGAAAUCAGGGAAACUGGAGCAGGCUAUUCAUAUUUUUAAUGGCAUGGUAAAGAGAGAUAUUGUUUCUUGGAGCUCUAUGGUUGAUGGCUUUUGUAAAGAAAGGAGGAUCAUUGAGGCUAAGGAGCUUUUUGAUAAGAUGCCUGAGAGAAAUGUGGUUACUUGGACAUCUAUUGUUGAUGGCUACAUGAACAAUGGGUUGUUUAAAGAUGGAUUUGAUUUGUUUAUUCGUAUGAGGAGGGAAGGAAUUGUUGCGGUUAAUCCAAAUAUCAUGACAGUAAUGUUUGAAGCUUGUGGUAAUUUUGGGGUGCUUAGAGAAGGUUUACAGAUGCAUAGUUUAGUCCUGCGGAUGGGAUUUGUAAUGGAUGUAUUUCUAGGAAAUUCUAUUAUAACAAUGUACUGCAGAUGUGGUUACGUGGAUGAAGGAAAUGCAGUAUUUCAGUCUAUCAGCAAGAAAGAUAUAGUUUCCUGGAAUUCACUGAUUGCUGGUUAUAUUCAACACAAGGAAAUUGAGAAAGCUUAUGAGCUCUUUGAGAUGAUGCCAAAAAGAGAUUCUAUUUCUUGGACAACCAUAAUCUCGGGAUACCUUGGCAUCGGAGAAGUGGAAAGAUCUAUUCAGUUAUUCAAGAUGAUGCCUGAAAAAGAUGAUAUUGCUUGGACUGCUGUCAUUUCAGGCUUUGUUGACAUGGAAAUGUGUGACGAGGCGUUUACUUGGUUUAUUGAGAUGCUAAGGGAUUCAGUCCAUGCAAGCUCGCUGACACUAAGUAUCAUGCUUAGUGCUUCAGCUUGCUUAGCAACACUAAGAGCUGGAACACAGAUCCAUGGUCUUCUGGUGAAAAAGGGUAUGGAAUAUGAAUUGUGUGUUCAGAAUUCGUUGGUUUCAAUGUACUCAAAAUGUGGCAAUGUUGCUGAAGCAUAUAACAUCUUCAAAAAGAUUAAUGCCCCCAACAUUGUGUCUAUAAACUCAAUGAUCACUGGAUUUGCCCAAAACGGGCUUGGGGAAGAAGCUGUUAAGCUGUUUGCCAAAAUACAGGCUGAAAACUUCAAGCCAAAUGAAAUCACCUUUCUUGCAGUGUUGUCAGCUUGUGUACAUGAAGGUCUAGUAGAACAAGGAUGUGAAUAUUUUAAUUCCAUGAAAUCCUUAUAUGGCCUUGAACCCGGUCCUGAUCACUAUGCAUGCAUGGUUGAUCUCCUUGGCAGAGCAGGAUUGUUGGAUGAAGCCACUGAUUUAAUCCAGUCCAGCACUAUUGAGCCACACUCUGGAGUUUGGGGUGCUCUACUAGGGUCAAGCAGAAAUCAUUUUCGUCUUGAUCUUGCAAAUGUUGCAGCUCAGCGCCUUACUGAACUAGAUCCUGCUAAUGCAACUCCUUAUGUAGUCUUGUCCGACCUUUAUGACAUUAUGGGAGCAAGGAAGGAUGGUAAUCAAAUUAGAUUGCUUAAAGAAAUAUUGCGUGUAAAGAAAAAUCCAGGGUGCAGCUGGAUUCAGUGAUAAACAGAGGCUCAUUUGUGCAUGCAAUUAGAUUGGAAACAUUAUGUUGGCUGCCGUUCACAGGGACCUGGAGGUCAUUAAGUUUCUUAUCAAGACUGGAGAUGAAGUUUGAACACAUCACCCACGACCAAGGUGAUUAGACGGUGUGGAUUUUCUUAUUUGCUUCCCGUCUGGAAACGUGAAGCAUCAACCCCUAAAGUUAACACAAGUUCUGCUUCUUUGUCGUUUCAGUAUACCUAAAUCAACACGGAAGCGUGUAGGAAAGCAGCGUUGCUUAUUCCGACAUCAAGUUUCAGUGCAUAAACCGUUGCAGGAAAAAAUUUCAAGUUUUUUGCCUGCCAAUUCAAAUUGAGCUUAUGCGAGGAAGUAAAUAUCUACUUGGACUGCAUUCAAACAUGAUGCUGCCGUCACAAGGUUUGCCCUCGAUUACGUUGAACCAUCUUUCAUCUGCAUCUGCUAUGGUCCUCUUAAUUUACUGCUAACUGAAAGAAUAGAAUUAUAGAUAUACAUGCAUACUUAGAGGCCAGAAGACUGACUUCGGCUGCUUCUAGUUCAGUUGUCACUACUCACUACUACUAGCAUGCCUCUAACAUGCGUCACAUAUCUUCUUUCAGAUUAACUGUCCAUUUGUUUAUAAUGAACGGACACGUCUUAUAUCAUGCAAUGAUUAUAAUUGAUUAGUUGCAAUCUAUGUGAGAUACCGUGGUCUCCUUUACCUGUAAUAGUUGCAUAUAUUAUGUAGAGUUCAUAAGCUUUUCUGUAUGGUUUAUUUUCUUGUUUAGAGUUUUGCAUUUCUACUAUGUUAUUUUUAUCCCCAUGCUGUUCACUCCUCUAUGUUUCGCUCCGUGCUUACAGAGCCUUCUACUUCUCAUCACUGCCUCUAGUUAUUACUAAUCAUCUUAUUUGUGGAUUCCAUUCAUCAGUCUAGUAUUCCAGUGUGGAGUCUUAUUGUUAUUUACCCCAUAUGCCCUGUUCAAUCUCUUGUAUCUCCCCAUAAUAGUGGCCUAUCGAAGGACUAAGCUGCAUUGCACCCAGUAGUAACUGUGUUGAUUGCUUGCAGUUGUCCUGUCUUUUGAGUUGCUUUUGUGCAAGUAAACUUUUAUACCCUCGCAUAUUCUGAGCUUGAUACAAUAGCUUAAAGGCUGCCGUCGUAUAUUUUGUAGUGUUUUAAUGCCACAGCACUAUGGAGAUGUAUUCUCAUUCGGAGGGUGAUCUUAGCUCACCGGGUCAAACAGUGGACUGCAGCUUAUUCGAUACGCAGGGAAUUUAUCCAGGUAAUGGAAUUUCGUUACCAUUGACGCAAAAUAUAUAUUGAAAUACAAUUUAUUCAUAUGAUCAGUCCUUUUGCUUCUUUUAGAUGAACUGGGAAAACUUUUUGGACCUAAGGACGAGAGUCUUCCGUUGUUUCUGAAGGGUAAUUCCUAAUUAGUAAUUACGCAGUGAACUGAAACCGGUGAGGGAUUACCGGAUUAGGCAUCUUUUGCUUGUUGUUUCUGUGCAUGCAAGAUGUUCUUGAAGGUUAUGAUGCUUCUGAAAGGAACAAACAAGUAUUGUCUGCUGAAUCUGAUGCAUAGCAGACAUGAAAUUCAUAUAUGUUAUUGUUGUAAAUGAAUAAAAAUAAGUUCACAUAUGUUAAUAGGUUCAAAAAGUUUGGGUAGUUCAAUGUAAAAUUACAUCCAACUGUAUAUUAUAUAGAAUCCAUUCUUGCUAGUGCUACUUGCUAGUGCCCUAUUACACAGUCUCACAGUUGAAGUUGUAAUAUGGAUCCCUAAAUAUUUUGAAACCUAUAUCUAUACUUCUAAUCUCUUACACUUGAGUCCUCAGACUUUUGCUAAGUUGCACUUUAGUGUAAAACUAUCUCAAUGUGACAGUGCAGUCCCCAUUCGUGUGGGCCUUUCGCGGUAUGUAAAUUGUAAUUUCAAGAUUCGUGUGGAUUCAGAACACCCAAUCCACUGGUUGUCUUGGAAAAGUCUAGCUCAUAGCAAAUUUCAUGGAGGUCUCGGGUUCAGAGACUUCGGAGCCUUCAAUCAAGCGCUGCUAGCUAAACAAUGUUGGAGAAUUUGGACAAACCCAAACUCUCUCCUCACCCAGAUUUAUAAGGGUCGGUACUUUACUCAAUGCUCAGUACUGGAAGCAUCAAUCGGCUCAAACCCUUCGUGGGGAUGGAGAAGUUUAUUCUUUCUAUAGGGACUAAGAUGGCAAAUAGGCAACGGGCAAAGAACUCGGGCAUUCAUUGAUAACUGGGUAUCGGGGGAUAAACCUUUAAUCCCGAA